UCCCAGGGGCAGUUGGCGGAAGAGAUCGCGCUUCUAGGCCGGCGGCUCGCUUUCUGCUCGGAGUUCUCGCAGCUCGCGAUUCGGCCUCCGCUCUCGAUCCGGGGUCCAUUCGUCGGCGUCCCGGUUGCCCUCCCUCACCCGGCUGGGGCACAGCGAGGAGGCCCCCCUCUUCCGACGGCGUUCCAUGGAGUAGGGUCCCGUACCGUUGUCCCGAAGAGCGAGAUCGCGCUUGGCCCCCUCCCCCUCCCUUCUCCCUCCCUCCUUCCUUCCGCCGCAACAUGGCUAACAACAGCCCGGCGCUGACAGGCAACUCUCAGCCGCAGCACCAGGCGGCCGCGGCCGCGGCCCAGCAGCAGCAGCAGUGCGGCGGCGGCGGCGCCACCAAGCCGGCGGUCUCGGGCAAGCAGGGCAACGUGCUGCCGCUGUGGGGCAACGAAAAGACUAUGAACCUCAAUCCCAUGAUCUUGACCAAUAUCCUGUCGUCGCCUUACUUCAAAGUGCAGCUCUACGAGCUCAAGACCUACCACGAGGUGGUGGACGAGAUCUACUUUAAGGUCACACAUGUUGAACCAUGGGAGAAAGGAAGCAGGAAAACAGCUGGCCAAACAGGGAUGUGCGGAGGGGUUCGAGGUGUUGGAACAGGAGGAAUUGUUUCUACAGCUUUUUGCCUGUUAUACAAAUUGUUUACUCUGAAGUUAACUCGCAAGCAAGUGAUGGGUCUUAUAACACACACAGACUCUCCCUAUAUUAGAGCCCUAGGAUUUAUGUAUAUAAGGUACACACAGCCCCCUACAGAUCUAUGGGACUGGUUUGAAUCCUUCCUUGAUGAUGAAGAGGACCUAGAUGUGAAGGCUGGUGGAGGCUGUGUAAUGACCAUUGGAGAAAUGCUACGGUCUUUUCUCACAAAACUGGAGUGGUUUUCUACCUUGUUUCCAAGAAUUCCGGUUCCAGUUCAGAAGAAUAUUGACCAACAGAUUAAAACCCGGCCAAGAAAAAUCAAGAAAGAUGGAAAGGAAGGCACUGAGGAAAUAGACAGACAUGUUGAACGCAGACGUUCAAGGUCUCCAAGGAGAUCACUGAGUCCACGGAGGUCCCCAAGAAGAUCCAGAAGUAGGAGCCAUCAUCGGGAGGGCCAUGGGUCUUCUAGUUUUGACCGAGAAUUAGAAAGAGAGAAAGAACGCCAGCGACUAGAACGUGAAGCCAAAGAAAGGGAAAAAGAAAGGCGAAGAUCCCGAAGUAUUGAUCGGGGGCUAGAACGCAGGCAUAGCAGGAGUAGGGAAAGACAUAGAAGCCGUAGUCGAAGUCGUGAUAGGAAAGGGGAUAGAAGGGACAGGGAUCGGGAAAGAGAGAAAGAAAAUGAGAGAGGUAGAAGACGAGAUCGUGACUAUGAUAAGGAAAGAGGUAAUGACCGAGAAAAGGAGAGGUCAAGAGAAAGGUCCAAGGAACGGAGAAGUAGGGGUGAGGUAGAAGAAAAGAAACAUAAAGAAGACAAAGAUGAUAGGCGGCAUAGAGAUGACAAAAAAGAUUCCAAGAAAGAGAAAAAACAUAGUAGAAGUAGAAGCAGAGAAAGAAAACAUAGAAGUAGGAGUAGAAGUAGAAAUGCAGGGAAACGAAGUAGAAGCAGGAGCAAAGAGAAAUCAAGUAAACAUAAAAAUGAAAGUAAAGAAAAAUCAAAUAAACGGAGUAGAAGUGGCAGUCAAGGAAGAACUGACAGUGUUGAAAAAUCGAGAAAACGGGAACAUAGCCCCAGCAAAGAAAAAUCUAGGAAGCGUAGCAGAAGCAAAGAACGUUCCCACAAACGAGAUCACAGUGAUAGUAAGGACCAGUCUGACAAACAUGAUCGACGAAGGAGCCAAAGUACGGAACCAGAGAGCCAAGAAAAACAGCAUAAAAACAAAGAGGAGACUGUGUGAAAAUUUUUUGUAAAAGUGGAUCACAUUGAAUCCUAUAAAUGUUGGAUUAAAUCUGCUUUUUUUUCCUCCCAAAUUGAGAUUGUGCAGUAGUUACGCACUCUUCAAGCUCCCUGUAGGCUGCAUUUUCAUUUCCUCUUCUGUGUAGGGAAGUGCCUUUGUAAUCCCAUUUAUUGCAUUGAUGUUUUCACCCAGUUGUUGAGUUUGAUACAUGAUGCACAGAUUGUUCUUGCAUUUUAUUGUUUAAUUGUUUUUGAGAUGUACAGUCUGUACAUAUGUCCUGAAAAUGUUCUAAUUCCUUUGGCAUGGUUGCCAUGUUGGUUAAAUUUGUAUAAGGCAAUAAACUGCCACUAAUUCUA